AUGGCCCCGCGACACGUCGUGCCCGUGUCCCCCAGCCACGCUGCCCGCGCCGUCUGCGUGCUGGGCACCGAGGUCCUCCUGGACACCCGCCGGUCCACGCCGAGGGGCGCCGCGUCCUUUGAGGUGCACGCCACGCCGGCGGUGACAGUGCACGUCAUCCACAGCCCCAACACCAAACCCAGCCCCGACUCCCGGUGGCCCCUGGACCCCGACAUCGAGGUGGUGGUGACCGUUGAUGUCACCAGCAGGACCGUCGAUGACAACCAGGUGAGGAUCUCCUACUACGACCGCGGGGGCCUCGAGCUGGCGGUGGCCUGGCUGUACCUCACCUGUGUCGAGGUGUCCCUGGACGUGGACUGCAGCAGGAGCGGCCGCGUCAGGAGCAAGGGCAAGGACAAGGCCAGCUGGGCGUGGGGCCCGGCCGGGCAGGGGGCCGUGCUGCUGGUGAACUGCGACCGGGACAGCCCCGGCGCGGGGGGCACGGACAGCGGCCAGCCCGACAUACGGACCCCGGCAGACCUCCAGGACAUGUCGCUGAUGCUGCUGCGGACGCAGGGACCCAGCGCCGUGUUCGCCGAGUACCCGGUGGUGCUGCACGUCCCCGAGAGCGACGCCGACAAAGUGCGGGUUUUCCAGGCCGUCCGUGCUGAUGUCCCCCCGCUCUACAAGCCCGUGCUGGGGCCGGACAAGCUCUCCUACGUGCUGGAGCACGCUGGCCAUGGGGACAGCACCUUCUACGUGGAGGGGCUGGCGUUCCCCGACAGGGGCUUCAGCGGCCUCGUGUCCUUCAGCGCCAGCCUGCUGGAGGUGCCCCAUAAGGACGCGCCGGGCACGCCGAUCUUCACGGACACCGUGGUGUUCCGCGUGGCGCCCUGGAUCAUGACGCCCAACACGCAGCAGCCGCUGGAGGUGUUUGUCUGCAGCAUCAAGCAGGGCUCGGAUUCCAACGAGGCUUUCCUGGCGGGGCUGCGGCUGCUGCUGAGCAAAGCCGGCUGCAAACUGACCGUGUGCUCGGAGCAGGACACGCGCAGCGACCGCUGGAUCCAGGAUGAGCUGGAGUUCGGCUACGUGGAAGCUCCGCACAAAACCUUCCCCGUGGUCUUCGACUCUCCCAGGAACAGAGGCCUGAAGGAUUUCGCUUUUAAGAAGAUCCUGGGCCCGGAUUUUGGCUACGUGACCCGGGAGCCCCCCGGGAUGAGCGUGAGCAGCCUGGACUCCUUCGGGAACCUGGAGGUGAGCCCGCCGGUGACGGUGCGGGGCAAGGAGUACCCGCUGGGGCGCAUCCUCAUCGGCAGCCCCCUGCCCUGGGGGUCGGGCCGCAGGAUGUGCCGCGCCGUGCGGGAUUUCCUCUUCGCGCAGAAGGUGCAGGCGCCGCUCGAGGUUUACUCCGAGUGGCUCAGCGUGGGCCACGUGGACGAGUUCCUCACCUUCGUCCCUGCCCUCGACAGGAAGGGAUUCCGGCUGCUCCUGGCCAGUCCCAACGCCUGCUACAAACUCUUCAAGGAGAAGCAGCAGCAGGGCCACGGAGAGGCCACGCAGUUCAUUGGGCUGAAGGGCGCUGAGAGGAGAAGCAUCGAUGAGAUCCUGGCAGACGAGUCCCUGCGCAGUGACAACCGGCACGCGCAGCGCUGCAUCGACUGGAACCGCGACCUGCUGAAGCAGGAGCUGGGGCUGGGCGAGCAGGACAUCGUGGACAUCCCGCAGCUCUUCAUCCUGACCAACUCCCGCGCCGACGCGCUGUUCCCGGACAUGGUGAACAUGCUGGUGCUGGGCCGGCACCUGGGCAUCCCCAAGCCCUUCGGGCCCGUGGUGGGCGGGCGCUGCUGCCUGGAGCAGCGCGUGCGGGAGCUGCUGGAGCCGCUCGGCCUCUCCUGCACCUUCAUCGACGACUUCUUCUCCUACCACGCGCUGUCGGGGGACGUGCACUGCGGCACCAACGUGCGCCGCAAGCCCUUCGCCUUCAAGUGGUGGAACGUGCUGCCCUGAGCCCCCGGGCGGGGUCCUGCAGGGGAGUGUGCAUUUCCCGCAGCCCAGGGAAAGGUGCAUUUCCCGCAGCCCAGGGCAAUGUGCGUUCCCCGCAGCCAGGGGAAGGUGCGUUCCCUGCGCUGGAAAAGCACCCAAAGCUCGGGUUUGGCCAAUAAAGCUUCACGGACACUGAGGGGGCAGCGCUUCCCCAUCUCUCGUCCUUCCCUCCUCUGCUCCCGGCGUGAAAUUCCCGUUUGGAGCCUGGUUUUGGGCAGAGGGUUUGGCUUGGGGCUGGUGGGGAGGCUGCUCGGGGGGCUGCGGUGUCACGGAGUCCCCGCUCGCCGGUUUGCAGCUGGUAACACCCCCAAAAUUCCCCGCUUCAGCCAAAAAAUCGCUUCUUGCUGGGGAACCUGGUUCUCAGCUGCAGGAACCCCCCCUGCCCUGCUCGGGACCUUUCCACGCCUUCUCCAGAGGGAAUUUCCGUGUCCCUCCGCUCUUUGUCUCCACCGGACCGCAACACUUCCCCGUGCCCGCCUGGCACCGCCUGGCACCGCCCCGGGAGCCGAAACCCGCCCAGUGCCCCGGGCACGGCCCCGCGGGGCCCCGCUGCCCUUCUGGGGCCCGACACGCUCAUUUUGGGGCAAUUUGCUUUCCCGGCAGCGUUUCUAAGGCGCAGUCGGGCUCCUGCGGCGCUGGAGGAGCAUCCCACCGGUCCCACUCAGCCGCCCCGGGUUUGCCCCCAGAGCGCGUUUCUAAGCCCGUUCCCACCCCCGUUCCCGGGGCCGUGUCCCUGCUGCUAUUCCCGGGCCCCGGGGAGCGACAUUAAAUCCGGGCCGCGCGUGACCCCGCGGGGAGGGGGUUUGGGAACAGCUGCAGGGACAAAGGGCUGUCCUCUCCCACGCGCAGCCCGGGCUUUAAUUAAAACAAAGGCAAUUAAAGCCGCCGGGGGUCCGCUGUCCCCAGCGCAGGUGACAUCCCCCG